GUCAAGACAGGGGUGCAAUACUCGAACAGAGUCUUCAUUGGCAACCUUCACACACGGAUGGCGGAAUACGACGUGUGUACGAUCAUGAGACAUUACAAAUUCUACCCAGAGGACAUAAAGGUAAUACGGGACGUUGAUGGGUGCAGUAAGGGAUAUUGUUUCGUGGAUUUUAGAAGCGAAAAUGAAGCUAAGAGACUGCUAGCUCAGGAGAACAUUGAAUCCAAGUUCGGUAGAAAGUUGCUGAUCAUACCUGCCAUUCGCAUACGAAGAAAAGAGGUCCUGGUGGUGAAACAACAGCCAACUGCCAGCCACGCUCUAGAGUGCAGCGCCUCCCCAGAUCUGGCAAGUAGGGGUUACCCGUCCCAAGACCACACUCCUACACCAGUUGUCACUAAAUCAACCUCCACAACCAUGUAUCCCGAACCACCAGAGGGUGGCAGGAUCCAGAGUUUGCUGUCGGAUCGUGGAGUAAAUAAGCUCAGACUUAAUCUCAAUCUGGAGCAAGUUACGGAAGCUAACCAUGCAGCACCCUGCAACAUGUACUCUCCAUCCUACCUCAUCCCCAGUCAACCCUCAACGCCUCUCUACCCUCCAGGUUACCUGUACCACAGCCAACCCUCUACACCCUUCUCAGACUACCAGUACCACAGCUUACCCUCAACCCCCCUCUCCGAGUUUUUCCCUCCCUACUCCCCUAAUUUUGCUCAAGGAGUACAGUCACCUGCAUCCGGAUUUACAGCUCCAUUCUCGUAUGGAAGGAGUGUACCACUGGCAUUCUACCAACCUUUCUACCAGAACUCUUACUUCUCGCCGAAUUUCCGCUCGCAGACAGGAGCCGGUGUCCCUAAUGCCGAGAAGCCACAAUCUGCCGACAGCUCAGUCACUUUGCCUGUACUUAAUCAGCCGGUUCCGGCCAGCCAAGGCCCUUCCUCGCUGGGAAACUAGACAGCAGACAGAUAUCUGUUGCCAGAAAAGGAAUUAUAUUUAGGUUACCUAAUACAGUCAGAUACGUUAAUGGCGGAAUAUAUCGGAGAUGAAGACCGACAACCCUGGGAACUGGAGCCGAUGCCUCGU